ACGCCACUCAAUUCGGCCUCGAGAAACGGGCAUGUCGACGUGGUCAAGCUUCUUCACGAGAAGGGGGCCGAUAUUACAGUUCCAAACAAUAAAGGAUGGACGCCACUCAAUUCGGCCUCGAGAAACGGGCAUGUCGACGUAGUCAAGCUUCUUCUCGAGAAGGGAGCUGAUAUCACAGUUCCAAACAAUAAAGGAUGGACGCCACUCAAUUCGGCCUCGAUCAACGGGCAUGUCGACGUGGUCAAGCUUCUUCACGAGAAGGGAGCCGAUAUUACAGUUCCAAACAAUAAAGGAUGGACGCCACUCAAUUCGGCCUCGAGAAACGGGCAUGUCGACGUGGUCAAGCUUCUUCUUGAGAAGGGAGCUGAUAUCACAGUUCCAAACAAUAAAGGAUGGACGCCACUCAAUUCGGCCUCGAUCAACGGGCAUGUCGACGUGGUCAAGCUUCUUCACGAGAAGGGAGCCGAUAUUACAGUUCCAAACAAUAAAGGAUGGACGCCACUCAAUUCGGCCUCGAGAAACGGGCAUGUCGACGUGGUCAAGCUUCUUCUUGAGAAGGGAGCUGAUAUCACAGUUCUAGACAUUGACGGAUGGACGCCACUCAAUUCAGCCUC